AUGACCUCUUUUUACGACGAGAAAGAUUUGGAGGAAGAGCUCAGUCGAGUCAACUGCCCUGAUGAGGAUUUGGAGUUUGAGUACUUGUUUGAAUAUGAACCACCUUGCAGCGACUUUGCUGGGGGACAUCAAGAUGACCCCAACCUUGCAUCUCAUAAAGUCCUCAGCCCUCAGUCUGAGCAGGCUUUCCCUCUGGAGGAGGCCUCUCCAUACGGCAUCAAGUCCUGUAGUCCCUCCUACAGUGAGCACAACACUGAGGUUCUACCAGGAUAUGACAACCAGGAGGCCAGAAACUACCUGGACAGUACCCGUCCUGCAGGCCUGGCUCUGAGCCCACGGAUCGAAAUCACCCCCUCCCUUCCCUACAACCAUGGCCGGGACUCCCUGCAGAACCACCAACUGAACAUUAGCCCCAGACCCACCCUCACUGUUCCUGGCCAUGACAACCUUGCCUACCGUGAGCCCCAGUGUCUGAGUCCCGCCAGCAGCAACUCCUCCACCAGCUGGCACUCGGAGAACUACUCCCCCUGGGCUUCUCCUUGUGUGUCCCCCAGCAGCGGCCAGAACCCCGGAGACCUCUGCCCCCGAUUACAGAAUAUCCACACUGGCUCCCCGCGCACCUCCCCGGGCACAUCUCCUCGCACCAGCCUAGCUGAGGACGGCUGCCUGGGCCCCCGUUCGCCCUCCUCCAGGCCUGGCUCCCGCUCCACUUCCCCACAGGGCAAACGCACCUACGACAUGUACAGGAAUCCAGCGUUAGUCCCUGGGCACCGCUCCCGCAGUCCGUCCCCCCACAGUGGCCACGAAGAUCACAACAUAGGGGCCCACUAUCAACACAACACCCUUGUUGAAGCCAUCAAUGGUUUUGGCACCAAUCAGCCAGGUCUGGUGCCAACCAAAAUAGUCAAGACGUCCAACCAGGUUUACACUCUGUAUCCAGAGAACCAUGGAGAAGGGAACUUCUUGGUGUCCUGUGAACAGGACAUGAAACCCAAACCUGCUACAGAGCCUUACUUUGUUAUCCCCCAAAUCUGGCCCAAGCCGCUGGUGUCCAGCUUCUGCAGCAUCCCAGUGGCUUCUCUCCCCCCGCUGGAAUGGCCGAUGCCCACUCGCACAGAACAGUAUGACCUCCACAUUGAUGUGCAGCCCAAGCCGCACCACAGAGCUCACUAUGAGACAGAGGGAAGCAGGGGUGCUGUCAAAGCGCCCACAGGAGGACACCCUGUUGUGCAGUUACAUGGCUACAGAGGCAAGGAGCCGCUCGGCCUGCAGAUCUUCAUCGGUACAGCAGACGAGCGCAUCCUCAAGCCGCACGCCUUCUAUCAAGUCCACCGCAUCACUGGCAAGACGGUUACGACCACCAGUUUUGAGAAGAUUAUUCAUGGCACCAAAGUUCUUGAGAUCCCUCUGGAGCCAAAGAACAACAUGAAAGCAAUAAUUGACUGUGCUGGGAUCCUGAAGCUCAGGAACGCCGACAUCGAGCUGAGGAAGGGCGAGACAGACGUUGGCCGAAAAAACACCCGUGUUCGUCUCGUGUUUCGCGUGCACAUACCUCAGCCUGGAGGACAGCACGUCUCUCUCCAAGUGGCCUCGCAUCCUAUCGAGUGCUCUCAGCGUUCAGCACACGAGCUUCCCAUGGUGGAGAAGCAGGACAUGGACAGCUGCUCCGUUCUGGGAGGCCAGCAGAUGAUCCUGACUGGGCAGAACUUCAGCUCCGAUUCCAAAGUCAUUUUCACGGAGAAAAACCAGGAUGGGCAGCAAAUUUGGGAAAUGGAAGCAACAGUGGACAAAGAUAAGAGCCAGCCAAGUAUGCUGUUUGUGGAGUUGCCGUCCUACCGAGAGACGUCCAUCUGUCAUCCAGCCAAAGUGAACUUCUACGUCAUCAACGGCAAAAGGAAGCGCAGCCAGCCUCAACAUUUCACCUAUACACCACUGGCAUCUCCCUCAAUAAAGACCGAGCCUCUUGAUGAGUAUGAAGCAGACCACAUUGGCUUUGCCAUGCCUCAGAUCUUCCAGGGCAUGUCCCCUCAUUCCUACUACCAUAACCCCCGUGCUGUCCUCCACCCAGACAACGGCCUGGUCUCGGGCAUGGCAUCCUGUCAGCGUCUCAGCUCCAGCCUUCCAGGCCAAGACACACGUUUCCAGCAGCAGAGCCCGGCCAUCGUGUAUUCCCGUGGGGGCAAGAGUCUGAGCGGCAGCCCUGGCCUUUAUCAGCAGACUGGAGGGAUGAUGUCUGACCCGCAUCGGUCAGUCCUGGUUCACACAGGAUCCCCGGCACAGUCUGUAGGUCCUCUAGGUGCAGGCCAGCACCCAUCUAUCAUCCAAUUCUCCCCCAACAACCACCUGCUUCGGGCAGGAGACCAUCAACCUCUCAGUGCUGCGCAGCCUGACAACCAGCAGAUCAUCUACUGUGAUGCCUACUCCCCACAGUCUGCCAACUCCCCUACGCCCCCCCUGGCUCAGGCGGUGGUGACCCACCCUCAGCAGUAUCCCACCGUGAUCCAGCAGCAGCCCUUCGUGCAGAAGGGGCAGCAGAAAGGCCGGGCUCCCCCCGGCACGGGGCAGAUGGAGGCUCCAGGAGACGGACAGAGGAGGGUGACGGUCAAAGAGGAGAACUUGGACCAGGCCUACCUAGAUGAUGUGAAUGAAAUCAUAAGAAAGGAUCUGACGGGCGUUCAGGCAAGAGGACAGACAUAGAGGAGUAACCCGAGCGGGAAAUAACAACACCCCACCCCACCACCUGCCGGACACACACACACACACACACACACACACAUACACACACAAACACACACACGUAGGCUUCAACUUUCCAGUGCGGUGACACACUUCCACCAACAAUCAUACCUUCUCUUCCUCAUUUUUCUGCGUCUAUGGAGAUAGAAAUAUCAGCUACCAGCUGCUGUGUUUGCUUUGGAUGUGUUUUCUGCAAUAAACAGUUUUAUUUGGCAAACAGAAGAAUUUGUUCGACCCGUGACGUCUGCCAACAACACCCAGCAGGUUUUCAAGAAAAACAAUAAGAACCGACAGGCGUAAUGUGCCUUAUUUUCUCUUCAGGUUGACACUCACAUGCUUUACAAAAGAAGAAAGACAUAUAAUGGGAAAAACACUUGUCCACAGAGUUAGCCAUACUGCCUAGGCAAUAAACUCACACUUGUUUGCCUCAUACAAAUGAAAAAUGUAGCAUGCAGCUGUUUCACAUGACAUCUGUGUAAUUUCAACAGGUUAAUGUCACAUACCAAAAAAAGUCAGCCCAAAUAUGAUGCUCAGCUCUUUGUUGUGGCCCAAAGCUUGCCAUCUUUUUUCUUUAAUUCUUAGUAUGUAUUUUGUCUGUAACUCUCUUCGUAUGCAGUUAUACAUGAAAAGACUGUCCAAAGCUUACAUGCUGAUCAUCUCAUUUUAAGUGCUUUUUUCUAAUUGAAGUGAAGCGCACACUGCCUUAACCAUAUACAAAUGAACUAUUGUGUGACCUCCUAAUAUGCACUGUUUUCAAUAACAGGGGGUCAAUGUCCUUUUUUGUCCUUUUUUUAUAUAAUAUGUGAGUCAUGUGAAUAAUGUACCAUUUUAUAUUCAUAAAAUAUACAUUACAUAAUAUUCAGGUGAUAUGCCAAAGUGGCUUCACAGGGCCUGUGAUGCUACAGUGAUAGCAUGGGUCUAGUUUUUUUUAAAGAGGAUUUCAAUGCUUGACUUUUUGUUGUUGUUGUUUAUCAGUCUUGCAUUGGAUGACAUUUUGGAAAGUUUGGCUCAUGCAAGCUGAAGUGAGAGAUUUUGUACUCAGAUUUAAAAGGUGGUCUUGCUUUUCCUUUUUUUUUAAUCAACCUCUAUUUGAUAUUUUUUUGUCUAUUUUAUUUGUAUUUCUCUUUAAAAAAAUGAUUGUAAUAACAUCUGUGGCUGUUGCCACAGUCUAAAAAUAUCCAAAGCUUUUACUGUGUGUAUUGUUCUGUGUAUAGUUGAAUCUUGAGUCCAUCCGUAAUGACAAUCAGUAUACUCAAAGCUAAGUGCCUGCCCAUGCAGAAGCUUUAUGCUUGCAGAUGUAAACGACAUACUUUUCCUCUCUGUAAAUGCCAUUAUAUCUUUUCACACUGACAGCACAGUAGGGAUAUACAGUGUGGAUAGCUGACGUGCUAAUACAGCUUGCUUUGAUGGAGGAAAAAAAGAAGAAGUAGUUUGAAAAUUAUUUUUGUAACAUUGUAAAAUUUCCCUGAGUGGAUUGGAGUUUGUUAAAAGUACCAAGUGUCUUAAAUAUGAUUGUAGAAAAA